AUGAAGCUUCUAUUAACGUUUCCCGUAGGAUCUUCAAAAUAUUAUCCACAAUUGAAGAACGACAAACUGUGGAUAUCCGAGAAAGACUACUUUGCCUACCAUUAUCAUCGUUCGGAUUCGGACAAGAAGUUGGUUUUUGUAUUCGUUCAUGGUUUGGGCGGUCAGAAGCAUCAGUUUUCGGGUCUCAUAAAACUUCUUGAAGAUGACGGUUACUCCACGCUUGCUUUUGACCAAUUGGGUUGUGGACAUUCAAGCAAAAAUCGGCAUCCGCCUUCUAUGUACAGUUCAGAAGGCCUGGCGAAGGCGAGCGCUACAGUCAUCGAUAAAGUAUUACCGGCAGACGCUCCGGUGAUUCUUGUAGGACACUCAAUGGGUUGUGUCGUUGUCUCACGACUCUAUCCCCUGUGUAAAGAGCGAUGCAAAGGUGUCGUUUUGCUUGGUCCGAAAUCACACGUGACAGCUAUGAACAAGAAGCGUAUACAACAAGUGUUAAAGCUCCCUCAUUUUGCUUUGAACUUGAUGCGCUUGGGUUAUCGAUUGAGAGGUUCACGUAGUUCGUCUGUCGAAAACUUAGUUGCUCUCGGUUGUCCGCAUCAUCUUCGUCUUCAACAAUGGCUGUGGAAUAAGCAUAGCGAUACAUAUACAUGGAAAUGGUCGCUUGCGGGGAUGGGCGAUAUCUCUCACACUUAUCUGAAAGUCGUAACUUGUCCCGUUCUUCUGGUUGCUGGCACUCAAGACCGUGCUACCCCGAAAGAGAAUGCAUUAGCAGUGAAGGCGCACUUGGUGCAUACGAAACACGUGUAUCACGAGUUUGAGUGUGGACACAUGAUCAUGAUAGAACGACUUCAAGAGACUUAUGAGAAGGUUUACGAAUUUGUCACCGAGAUUGAGCGCUGA